GCUCAUUACGUGUUUGACUCUGGUGGUGUACGUUUCGUUUUUACAUGUUCAGGCGCGCGUUAGCUGCGAUACGACUCGAUACGUUCACUCGUCGUCAAUUGAUUGAAUCCAAUGCAUAACAAAGCAUUUUGUGCGGUAAUUUUUGUGUGGAGUUUGAAUUAAAAAAGUGCAGAAAAAUUUGAUUCUGUGUACUUUAUGUUAAAAAUUUUGCAAUUAAAAGGAGAAAUGAAGAUUGUUUUUUUUGAGAAAAACAUAUUAAAUGUGAAUUUUGAAGCGCUGGCUAAAAGUGUUGAAGUGCCAGUAGACAAAUAGACUGCAGAUUUUUAAGAAAAAAGUGGAAAACUGUGUAUGUGUGACUAAUACGAAUAUUUAAAAUAAUAUUAUUAAAAUAUUAUAAUUAUUCCGUGUUUUAAGAAAAAAUUGAAAAAAAGUAUUCAAGUUUAAAUAAAUAACGUGUAUAUUUUUGACGCUGAUUCAUAAAUAAAUUGGCUGGGAACUGCAGUAAACAGUGAAUAAAAUAGCCAAUAUUACUCAGCCAGUUAAACCAUUUGAAAACUAACGACACAGCUGUGGCAUUGAGCAGUGAUUACAAGCCACUCAAAGUGAAGAUUAAACAAAAAAGUUAUUUAUUUUUAUAAAACAAAAACAACAACACAACAAUUUAAAUAAAUAUUGUGCAAAAUAUAAUCCGUAACUAAGAAAUUAAAAAGUGAAGAAAACAACAACAAAUACAAAAUUUAUUUAAAAAUAAUGAAAACAAAUAUGUUGCAAAAGCACAAACGAGAGUGAAGUUCAAUCUAUCAAUACAACAAUAUAAAAUUAUUUAAAUGAAAUACAACAAUAUAAAAUUAUUUAAAACAAAUUUAACUCAAUUUGAGAGUCAACUUCAAUACAAAAAUUGAUAUUAACAAAAGUACAUACAUAUAAAGUGAAGUGUUUACUAAGAGUGCCGUGUAAAUAAAGUUGCUAACUGUGCUUUAAUUUCUUUAAAAAUAUUAUAAAUAAAUUUUAAAAAUAUUGUGGCAAGUGAGAAAAUUUAAAUACGGAUAUUUUACACAAUGGAGUACUAUGCAGAGCACACAUAAGCAGCGUUGAAUCGAUAUGCUUCCUUAUAACGGAUAGCCUAGCAUUAAGUUUCAUACUUCAUCCUUGUAUACCAUUAUGUGGCAAUUAAUUUAAGUUGUUCUUAAUAAGCAUUACACAAAUAAUAACAAAUCGAUACGCAAUACGUGCGACGCAUCAAUCAUAUAAUUUACGUUACGUUACGUUACAACAACAAUAGCAAACAGCUUUACACUACGCGCGACACUAGACUACCACACACACUUGGCAGCAGUCAUGUCGUACGCACUUACUUCAACCACAACUACCAGCGCACGAGCGCCAACACACUCACACUCACCUGCAGCGCGAAUGCCGUUACUCAACGUGUUACGCAGCUUACAGCAAUUGCUGCUGCCAUUCAAAUUCAUCGCCAUCAUCAGCAUUGUGACGUCCGCAUCGUCGUUGAUCAGCGUGACGCAGGCUAAACACCUGUCAGGCGAUGCCAGUCUUGGUGUUGGUAUUGGUGGCGAUGUAGCGGCGCUUGACGACGACGCUUAUUCCGCUUCAGUGCCGUCUGUCUCGUCCGCCGCCUCUUCAUCCUAUUAUGGCGCUUAUCAGUUUCAACGUUUCGCAAUGGAGCCGCAAGAUCAAACGGCUGUGGUGGGUGCACGCGUAACGCUACCGUGUCGCGUCAUCAACAAGCAGGGCGUGCUGCAGUGGACCAAAGAUGAUUUUGGUUUGGGCACAUCACGCGAUUUGGGCGGUUUUGAGCGUUACUCAAUGAUUGGUAGCGACGAGGAGGGCGAUUACUCAUUGGAUAUCUAUCCGGUGAUGUUGGAUGACGAUGCACGCUAUCAGUGCCAAGUGAGUCCCGGUCCGGAGGGCCAACCGCCUAUACGGUCGACAUUUGCAACGAUAACGGUGUUGGUGCCACCGGAAGCGCCAAAAAUCACACAAGGUGAAGUGAUUUACACGACAGAGGAUCGCAAAGUGGACAUUGAGUGCGUGUCGGUCGGAGGCAAACCGGCGUCGGAGAUAACGUGGAUUGAUGGACUUGGCAAUGUUAUAACGAGUGACAUUGACUACACCACGCUGCCGAUGCCGGAUGAGCGUCGCUUCACCGCCCAAUCGACAUUGCGGUUGACACCGAAAAAGGAGCAUCACAAUACGACAUUCACUUGUCAGGCGCAAAAUACCGCAGAUCGUACAUAUCGUUCGGCGCGAAUUCGUGUAGAGGUAAAAUACGCACCAAAAGUUAAGGUGAGCAUAAUAGGCGGUGCGUUGGAGGAUGGACGUAUACCGGAGUUUGCACAGGUGCGUUUGGAGUGCAAAGCGGAUGCCAAUCCCAGUGAUCUGCGUUAUCGCUGGUUCAUCAACGAUGAACCAAUUGUUGGUGGACAAAAAACCGAAAUGGUCAUUCGCAAUGUCACACGAAAAUUCCAUGAUGCCAUUGUCAAGUGUGAAGUACAGAACUCAGUUGGCAGGAGUGAAGACAGUGAGACACUGGAUAUCAGCUAUGCACCCAGCUUUCGUCAGCGCCCACAAUCGAUCGAAGCAGACAUUGGCACUUUGGUGUCUCUGGGCUGUGAAGUGGACGGCAAUCCGACGCCAGAUAUUGUAUGGAUACAGCAUCCAAGUGAUAGGGUCGUUGGCAUCAAUUCCAAUCUCACCUUUACCGUUAGCAACGAAACCGCCGGCCGUUACUAUUGCAAAGCCAACGUGCCCGGCUACAAAGAAAUCAGCACCGAUGCGUUUGUUUACCUGAAAGGUUCCCCCACCAUUUACUCGCCAACCUAUCAAUUUGGGUGGGUGGGCGACACGGCGCGCAUUGAGUGUUCGGCGACAUCGGUGCCACGUGCGCGUCACGUCUCGUGGACAUUUAAUGGACGUGAAAUCAGUGCUGAAUACGGACACGACUAUUCGAUACUGGUGGAUCCGGUGCCGGGUGGCGUCAAAUCAACGCUGAUCAUUCGUGACAGUCAGGCGUAUCAUUAUGGCAAAUACAAUUGCACGGUGGUGAACGAUUACGGCAACGAUGUGUUGGAAAUCAAUUUGCAGGCACAAAAAACCAUUUCGCCCAUGAUGAUCAUCAUCGGUGGCAGUUCCGUCGUCGGUUGUGCCAUGGUACUCAUUAUUAUCAUUAUCGUCUACUUCAAGUGUAAGAAGCGCACCAAACUACCACCAGCCGACGUGAUCAGCGAGCAUCAGAUUAGUAAAAAUGGCGGUGUGGCAUGUAAAAUGGAGGCCGGCGAUCGCACCUCCAACUACAGUGAUCUGAAAGUGGACAUAUCCGGCGGAUAUGUACCAUAUGGUGAUUAUUCAACACACUACAGCCCACCACCACAAUAUCUCACCACUUGCUCCACCAAAUCGAAUGGCAGUUCAACGAUAUUGCAAAAUAAUCAUCACAAUCAUUUGCAACAACAACAUAUGCAACAAACACUACAACAUCAUCAACAAACUCUACCACCACAAACUGUGCCAAUGACCUACCUCUCGAAUGGCAGCGCGAGCGGCAGCCUCACGAGUAGUAUUGUCGGUUCGCGCGAAAUACGACAGGACAAUGGUCUGCCGAGUUUACAAUCCACCACAGCGUCUGUGGUGAGCUCAUCGCCGAAUGGCAGCUGCAGUAAUCAGAGUACGGCGACGCAUGUCAUCUCCAGUUCGGUGGCGAUGAGUGUGGAUCCACGCUACAGCGCCAUCUAUGGUAAUCCCUAUUUGAGAUCGUCCAAUUCAUCGCUGCUGCCGCCACCAACUGCGGUUUAAAGCGUUCGCAUUAGCAUCUUAGAAAGUCAAUAUAAGCUGUGUAGGUAUAAUGAUGUGAGCAUAUUGUUUCAUAAAUAGUCGCAUUAGAAAUGAAAGACUGAUCUCAAAAUCAUUAAAAAAUCGUUUGAAUAUGGCUAGCAAAGUGGACAUAGGGUAAGUGGGGUUCAUGUUUCUACACAGUCUAGGCUGUUGUCUUAAAUUGGAUUAUUUUUUAAAAUAUUUGCAAAUUAUUUGGAUUUGUCGGUGAAAUGUUCCGAGUUUCGAUUAUUCAUUUACACAAAGCUUCUUAAUUUUCUGGUUUUGAAGCGUGAAUUUCACCGCUUGUCACACACACACAAUUUCACAAGUAAAAGCAUUUUACGCCAUUUAAGCUUUUUUGAAAAUAUAUUUCCACAAUACACACGUUGCAAUUUCUUUGUUUGUGGCAUAAAUUAUGAAUGUAAAAGAGAGCGAAUCGCAUGAAUGUGAGAAGUAGCGCCGAAAAUUAAAUGUAUUUUCAAGUUUAAGGUAAAGGUUGCGAAAAUCAAAAGAGUGUGUAGCACUGAAAUGUAUAAUGUGUAUGGUUUUGUAGCAUGGGUUAGAUCGAACGUAAGAAGUCUUUUAUGCCAACAAAACUUUUCUGCUUACGAAAGCAGUUAGCAAAGUACAUUGAAAGUAAUAACACAAGUUUUUGCAAUGUUAGCAACUGUAAUGAGUGUAGACUGUGCUCGUAAUUUUUUUUUCUCAAAACCUUAAGGGAGGAGUAUGUAAGAAAUAUUAAAAAAAUUCAAAAGAAUUCAAUAUUUCUAGCAUAAUUAAAUAAAAUUAUUUAAAUAUACGUUAUAUAGGAAAAAAUACAUCAGUAAUUUUGAUGUGAUUUUUCAAGCAAAUUUUUCUCACAAAAAAUAUGAAACCUCCAUAAAAUCAUUCAAAACUAUUAAGGAAAAUUAAUUUUACACUAAAGCGAUCAGCAAAGAAACAAAGCAAACCAGUUCUUUCUGAAACCAGAGAAAUUCGUAGUAAUUAUUUCUGAUAAAUUAUUCGAAUAAUUUUGAAAUAAAAUUAAUAAUCUAUACUACUAUUAUAAAGAGGAAAGAUUUGUAGGUAUCCGAAAGGAAAAAACUCAAAAACGACUGUGCCGAUUUCAAAAAUUCUUUCACCAUUGGAAAGCUACAUUCUCCCCGAGUAACAAAGGCUACAUUGAUUGCUAGAAUCUCAACUUUCUGGAAAUAGUUCCCAGUUGAGGGUAUCAAAAAGACUCCGUGAUGCAGCAUCUUAAUCUGAAACUGAAAAUCGUCUUGCAAGUAAUUCUCUUCGCAUCGCAAUCGCGUUCCAGAAAGUCGAGGAACAAGCGCUCGCAGCUGCUUGCUGAACAAAAUUUCAAAACCUAUUACAUAUAACUUUUGAAAUAUUUCUUGAAACCCUAGUUAAUUAUAAUUCAAUAAUUGAAAUUUAUCAAUAAGCAACAACUUACAAGUUGAAUUCAAAUCAGUUCUUAAGCAUCUCUACCUGUCUUGCCUAUAGCUAUAUGGUCCCUCAGAAUAGCUACAUAUAAUGAAAAAGUAUUCUACAUUUACGAUAUGCAAUAUAAAAUCAUGACGUUCCCAAACACAACUAGAAGUUAGUGAAAGCUGGGUUCAAUGCUACUUGUCCAUUAUUCCAUCAUAUUAUAUCCCAUCUAUAUAGGUUAAAAUAUGAGAAUUGCAAAAACAGAUUUUUUCAGAUUAGAACUCACCCAAAAUAUUAGCAAACCAUAUGAAAUUUAUACAGAAACUUGAAAGCGCACCUUAACCCAUUGAGAACAUAUUAUAUUUUGGGAUGCUACAAAAGAAAUCUAUUCCUUACUUAUGUGUAUACUGACAUUCAUUCUUCCAUUGAGUUAACGAACAAAUCACCGAUUUUUCACAUACAUAAGCAUGUGUAUGUACAUAUGUAGCUGAUUGCAGCAAAGUUUACAAUUUUUAUUACAUUCUUUUAUAUUAUAUUUGUUCACAAGAAAAUUCAAGUGGAAAAAUCCACAAACCUUAUUUAUUUUAUUUUUUUUUUUGCAAAAAUUGUGUUAUGAAAUUUUGAUGCUUUUCGGCUUGGUUGAAUGCAUUUUGCAGGUAAAUGAAUAUGAAAUUAAUUUCCUUUUAACUCGAGUAUUUUGCAAUAUUUAUUGUGAAAUGAGAAAAAGAAGAAACAUACUGACUACAUAAAUAAUAUUUUUAUAAUAUUUUGAAAUGUACCAAAAGACUCAGCAGCUUAGCUGUGUAGUUACAAGACACAUAGACACAUGCAUAUGCAAGUAUUUAGAAAUGAUUAAUAUUUAUUGAAAUUCGCAAAAUAUAAAACCAAAAAGUCCACAAGACAAACACUAAACUGAACACAGAUGCAAACAUGCUUAUGUAACUGCAUUCGAUCUAAAGCGCAUUUCUUACUAAAAAGUAAAUUAAAAAAAAAUUAAAAAAAAAAUAUUGAAAAAAUUCUAAAAAAAAAAUUUUAAAAUUUAACAAAAUAUUGAAACCAUAUUUCAAACGCUUUACUUUAUAAAAACAAAAAAAAAAACAGCAAGAAAAAGCCUAAACAUAGCACUGACUAAAGCUAUUUAAUACAACAACAACAGCUGUAGUGAGCGUCCUACUAUGUAAAUAUUUAUGCUACUACUGCAGUUGCGUAUACCUAAAAGCCUACAAAAUAGCAUUUAUUAAAACCGAUUGAUAGGAAAUUACAACAAAAAAAUAUUAAAUAAAUAAAUAAAAUUUCUACUAGUUGAAAAAACGGAAGUAUCCAAAUAUACAGUUAUACACUAGUAUAAUAUGUACUACUUCAAAUUGUCCAAAUUUUUGCUGAUAAACUACAAACUCAGUACUCCACAUACAUAGCAUAAGGCGAAUUAUUUAUAUAAAAUAAUACAACAA